CCUUCUAAACGCCCCCCCACUUCGGGGGCGGAGAGUGGGAACUAAUCAUUCUUAACCGCGCGACUAUCCCCCUACACAGUAGAAAAUUCAUUCCUACAUUUUGACUAAGAUUGAAAGGACAUUUCGCCGUUAUCAGCUGUCUUUGCUGCCUGGUAGAGAUGGCUACGGAAAGCAUGGAAAUGAAUGGAGGAGCAGACAGAAACAGUGGUGGAGAGGCACCUCGCCCAGGGCGUUGGAGGCAGAGCCCCGGUCCGCUUAACAUGAACCACUACGCCAAUAAGAAGAGUGCAGCAGAGAGCAUGCUAGACAUCGCCCUGCUCAUGGCCAACGCCUCCCAGCUGAAGGCCGUGCUGGACCAGGGCCCCCAGUUCAGCUUCUACAGCGCCAUGGUCUCGCUCAUCAGCCUCAGCAUCAUCCUGCAGGUCAUCGUGGGCAUUCUCCUCAUCUUCAUCGUGAAGUGGAACCUAAAUGACGAGAGCAAACACUUCAAACUGAACGUGCUGGAAAACAUCGCCACAGGUUUCGUCUUCAUCAUCGUGGUCAUAAACGUCUUCAUCACGGCUUUUGGCGUCCAGCGGCCUAACCAAAGCGCCUAAGAGCGGAGCUGGGGGCGGCCCUUCGAUCCUCAGAUCCCCAUUGUUCUGCACCUAACAUGAGAGAGGGAUCUGAGCAGCCAAAGAUGGACGUUUAUGGGUCACCAUGAGCAGGGGCAGACAAACAACAAGCUGUCAAUUCCUUUUUGACACAGAGAUGGGACCAUUUCACACACUAGCCUUUGCCCAGAGUAAAGGCCUUCCUGUAUCCAGAACUGAAGCUUUCCUCUAACCUGGGAUACAGACACAGAGCAUCGGUUUGCAACCAUCAUAUCAAAAUCACUUUUCACAUACAACACUGGAUAUUGAAGCCAAAUAUACGGGGGUUCCUUUACACAGGCUUUGAUGCCAUAAGCAUACAUUUACUAAGAGUUUGUUUGAAGAGGCUGUAUGAAAAUGCUAUAUACCUCAUCAGAUAUUGUAAGAACGGGUUCAUAUCAUACAGUCCAGGGCAGAUCCUGACUGUGCCAGUAACAGUUGCGGACUGGUGUCCCAGCUGCAGACUAAAAAUAACUACCAGCUCACUGCACUCAUUUCAAAGGACAUGCAUCCAAGUGUGUGUCCUCCACAGUUAAUGGAGUCAAAGGAGAGGUUCACAAUUACAGUUUUGGGAAUUGCAAAUUGGGGAAGAAAACCAAAUGUAGAAGUCUUGAAAGUAUUUGAUUUGCUGCAGGUUCCAGGGUAUUCCAUGUACAGAUUCAAAUACAACAUUACAUUUUUUUGGCAGAUGCUUUUAUCCAAAGCAACUGAAUGCCAAAGGUCAUUGGAACAACUACAAAAACGCAGAUUCGAUAAGAUACAAUACUCAUUUUGUACAUUUAUUCAUAGCUAAGCCAAAGAACAACAUUGCCAGCCACACAGUCUGGUUUAGAAUCCAGAUCAUGUCCGUGCUGACAGGGCAACUCGAAAUUGGUGCUACCACCACCCAGGGAAGGGAGUGUUGCAUUAGUCUGAGGAUGACAGCAUCUCAUUGUGCACUAGCGACCUCCACUGGUAGGUCAGACACUUGUGGUCUGCCUGUUGAGAGGCUUGAAGUGUCUUCCUCUAAAUCAUGUCUGUGUGAGCCUGGCUUGUAUACUGCUGCAAUGAGAACUGAUGAUGAAUAUGGCAUUCCAAAUUUGAAUUAAGAGGAAGGAAGUAUAAAAUACAUAAUUUUAAGUUACUGACAAAGGCAAAGACUUAUCAUAAACAAACUGCCUUAUCUGCAAAGCAUUUUAAAAUUUUUAAUAAAUGCAAUAUGUACAGUAUAUAAGGCAUGCUACAGAGAUUAGAGGGUAUAUUUACUAUGGAAUGCCCCUUGCACAGAGGUGCAAUGCAACAUCAUUGCAGUGGGACUUGUUACAGAGCAACUAAAUGCCUUUUUUGGUUAAAGAUAAUAUGAUCAUACUUUCUUCACAGCAGACAUGCAUCAGAAUGCAAACUGCACAUACAGUGUUAUUAAUCAUCAGGCCUAAAGCUUCUGCCACAAUGCUGUGAUUUUUCUCCCUACAUCCAACUUCCAAGUACAGUUCUGAUGUUACUGAACCACAGUGAAAAUCCUCUUUGCUACUAAGAAUAGAACUGCUCUUUGGAAGACAGGACUGAAGAAUUCUCUGCAGCCUGUGCCACAGUCAGUACAAGAGGAGACACACUGGACCCUCCACCAAAGGGAAGCACUCGUUUUCUAUCAGCAACUCACCCUCCUGCCAUUCAGAAAAAACUGAGGUGUACAAAACCCACCUGGCUGGAUGAAGAGCGCCCUCUAGUGCCUACCCUGGGAUCAUUCAACCAGUAUUAACCGUGUCACUAGUAGGGUGCAAUAAUGUACAUCUUCAGUGAGGUAGGACUGAUUAGUGGUUUCUUUGCAUUUGCCUUCCAUAUCAUUAUAACUAUGCAAUAACUGUAAAUCUGAAAAGAUGUGACUCGUGAUGUUUCCCGUGUAGGACAAGCUCACUGUCCUAAUCAGGAAUCUUUGCUCAUAUGAGACAUAGUAAUAAAAACCGAUUGCUGUUGUUGGUUUAUUUAUUCAGAUGUUUUUAAUGUAGCGAACUGCGUAGUCUGUGUUGAAAUACUACACUUCCAAUGCUUCUAUCAUUCAAAGACAGACAAGACACAUUUUUCAAAGGACGAGCAUGUUGUAUAAUCAUUUAUUGAUUACAUUUAAAAUAGUAAAACAUACACACCUUUCACUACAGAUAUAUUGAUGACAUUCAAGUAACAAAACAUUUCAUAAUGUGUGUGGCUUCCUACAUACCAGGGACAUUUUGUGUAUCAAAUUUCCAAGGCACUUUUGCCUAAUGGAUUUAAAUGUGUGCAGAAUGGAACAAAUUGACUGUAAAUUUUUAAUGAAUGAUUGCUUCAUUCUCUUCUAUAAAUGUUUUUCUUCUAGCUGUUUACUGUGUAGAUAUUCCAACACAAGCACUGCUAGAAUGUGUUUUAAACAGAGGCAUACAGUAAGUCAAUUUCAUGGGUAUUAGUGACUAAUAUGCCAAUAUAUUUCCAUGGUGUUUUCUUGAAUAUAUCAUGUAAAAAUGUGGAAAUACUGUCUUUUUUGUGUUGUUCUGUUUUUUAAGUAAUUGACCAAAUCAAAAUAUUUGAAUAGGUUAAUGUAGCUUGUUGGCUGUUUAAAGGAAAAUAGUAUCAUUUUAAAAUAAAAUCUGGUCUUUUUCUGGUCUGCA